ACUUCUGCCAGCAUCAUCUCUUCCGUUUCACAGGUCAGAAAGCCAGGAGGAUUCUGUCUGAAGGUGCUACCUUCUCCCUUCCUCCCCCCUGAAUUUACUAGCAUGUUACUGGUGUUGUAUGCAAGGGAGGGGGGUAUUUGUAUCCCUGCCGGAGUUUGGGGAGGCCUGCUGGAAUCGGCAGUCAGGAUACCCAGGCCGUCUGGCUGCACAGGCCACUGAGCGUCACCACGGCUACCCUCUGCUUCCCCACCACGGCAGCUCGGUUUUGUGAGUACAUGUGGUGGUUCAGACCUGGGAGAGCGGAUUCCUCAACUAAACUGGUAAGAGAUUGAUUUAGAAGCCAGGAAGGGAGUUUACUGUAGGUUUUUCUAAAUAGACAUAGCUUUACUUUUCUCUCAUCAUCAAAUAAUACCGUUAUUAUUUAAACAAGGAAAAAAGAUACAAUGAAAAAGUAUAAAACAAGAUCUUUUUAAGUCCUUCUAAUCCUACCCCACCCAGAGAAAUCACUGUUAAACUUAAGCUCUAUAUCUUUCCAAUGAUUUUUUUUUUUUUUUUUUUUUUUUGAGAUACACUCUCAUCUGCCCAGGGCUAUGGCAUCAGCCUAGCUCACAACAACCUCAAACUCGUGGACUCAAGCAAUCCUCCUGCCUCAACCUCUGGAGUAGCUGGGACUACAGGCAUCUGCCACAAUGGCCAGCUAUUACUUUUAAUAGAGAUAGGGCCUCGCUCUUGUUCAGGCUGGUCUUGAACUCCUGAGUUCAAGGGAUCUGUCUGAUUCAGCCUCUCAGAGUGCUAGGAUUAUAGGCAUGAGCCACUGUACCCAGACACCAAUGAUUUUUUAAAAUGCUUCUGUCCCUGCAUAUCACGUACAUACUGAUAUAUUUUUAAUGAGACCACACUUUUUUUUCUCACUUAAUAUAUCAUGAUAGUUUGCCUGGGUCAAAAAAUAGAGCUUCAUAUUGGUAUUGGUAACUGCUGUGUGGCUGCAGCAGACACUCAUCCUUGCUGUCACCUAGGCACAUAGUGAGAUCACCUCUCUCCACUUGUUGGAGGUUAGGUAAGGCCUCAUGACUGCUUUAGUGAAUGGCAGGUGGGCAGAAGCAUUUCUCUGCUGGUAAGAGGCUCUCCACUGGGGCAGUUUCUUCCCUGACAGACUUGGAAGCAUGUGUUGGUGAAAAGUGUGAUGCCAGGUCAUCCCAGGAACACAACUGCCUUGGACCUGCAGUGAACUUCGUGUGAGCAAAAGAAAUAGAUCUUGUCGGGCACAGUGGCUCAUGCUUUUAAUCCCAGCACUCUAGGAGGCCAAAACAGGUGGAUUGCUUAAGCUCAGGAGUUUGAGACCAGCCUGAGACCCUGUCUCUAUUAAAAAAAAUAGAAAAGGCUCAGUGCCUGUGGCUCAAUAGCUAAGACACCAGCCACAUACACCUGAGCUGGCGGGUUUGAAUGCAGCCCGGGCCUGCCAAACAACAAUGACAGCUGCAACCAAAAAAUAGGUGGGCAUUGUGGCAGGUGCCUGUAGUCCCAGCUACUUGGGAGGUGGAGGCAGGAGAAUCACUUGAGCCCGAGAGUUGGAGGUUGCUGUGAGCUGUGAUUUCAGAGCACUCUACUGAGGGUGACAGCUUGAGGCUCUGUCUCAAAAAAAAAAAAAAAGAAAAAUUAGCUGGGUGUUGUGUUGGGCACCUGUAGUCCCAGCUACUUGGGAGGGUGAGACAAGAGGAUCUCUUGAGCCCAAGAGUUUGAGGUUUCUACAAUCUGUGACACCGCAGCGCUCUACCCAGGGUGACAGAGUAAGACUGUCUCAGAAAAAAAUAAAAGGGAAGGCAUUAUUUUCUCCUGGCUGUUUCUGGGUAGCCUGUGCUUUUGUUUUCAUCAUGCCUGAGCCGGCAAAGUCUGCUCCUGCUCCGAAGAAGGGCUCCAAGAAAGCUGUGACUAAGGCUCAGAAAAAGGAUGGGAAGAAGCGUGGCCGCAAGGAGAGUUACUCAGUAGAGAUUCAGACCGCCAUGCGCCUGCUGCUUCCUGGAGAGCUGGCCAAGCAUGCCGUGUCUGAGGGCACCAAGGCCGUCACCAAGUACACUAGUGCCAAGUAAACUUACCAAGUAAGGAGGGACUUUCUCUGGAAUUUCCUGGUCUGAACGAGAAUGCUUCUUACCAAAAAACUCAUAGUUGCCUUCAGUCCCCUCCUUGUUACAUCAAGGUCUAAGGCAGAGAAGAAGAUGGAAGAAUGCAACCGCACCUGGAUGGAUUUUUCUACUAGAUACGCAUGUCUGCCUGCCUGCCUGCUUCUUGACAAGUUAAUUUCUAUCUCCUGGAUCUAUUGGUUGUCCCUAAUAAGCAUGUACUGCCCCUCAUAUAAUUGUCUACAUUACCCAUCUCCUCCUUUCCCUGUGGAAAAGGUUAUAUGAGCUUUUAUACCCCAUUGGGGGAGUUGGGGUAAUCACUCAGUGAUUUCUGCUCCCAUACUUAAAUAAAUUUGUAUGCCUUUUAUCCUCUUUAAAAAAAAUAAUAAUAAUAAAAUAAAAGGGAAGAAGGAAGGGAAAGAAAAGAAAAGAAAGAAAGAGAUCUUCAUUGUUUUAGUCCACUGAGGUGGGGGGUGUGUGUGUGUUUUAACCGUAGCAUGAUCUCACCUAUACAGCACUAUUCCUUUAUUCUGUUAUGUGCCUAACCCAUCAUUAAUUUCCCCAAUCCUAUGAUGAAAUUAGAUUAUAUACAUUUUGAUUAUUUUAAUUAAACCCUAAAUAUUUAAAACUGUAAAUUUAAAAAAAUGUAAAAAACAUACAAGCUCAGCAUGCUUAUAUGUUUAUCUUUGCCCACUUUUCCAAUUACUUUAUUAGGAGAAUUUUUUAUGUAGUUACUAGACUUUAUUGUUGUAUGAGAACGGAAGGCCGAGAGCCAACUCCCACAUCCCCAUCCCCAUGUGCUGGCUGGUGCAGCAGCUGCAGCUCCUCCUUGCGUGUUGCAGAGCAAGCGGUGAGCCCUGCUCCUUUGCCAAAACCCCAGGUGAAGCAGGACUGUUCAGGACUGACGCUGAGGAGAGAAGGGCUUCCUGAAUUUGCAUUUAGCCGUCACCAAGGAUUCUGCUCACAGAACUGUGAGGUCACUACCGUGCAGCCUAUAGGAAGUUUACUGAGUCUUCAAGAGACCACAGUGCAGGCUCCUCCCCGAGAGAAGGAGGAGCGAACUGUCACCAUUUUCAUAGGCAGCUGGAUUCUCAAACUCCUGGCUCCCCCACACGUGGACAAGAUGAAAUACUGCAAACACCCAAGCGUGGUGUAGACUGCUAUGGAGCUGCAGGGAAAGGCGAGCUGCUCCGAGGUGACAGCUGUGGACAGUCACAUGCCUCCCUCACUGGGGCCACCUCCCCCACCAUCAUGCCCUCACCAGCCUCCUUUCUCACUUUUGGCCUGGAUAAAGUUUCAAGAAUUGUGAUUGCUACAUCAAAGAAUAUGCAUAUUUGUCAGGUUUUAAUUCACAUUGCUGACAUCUUCACACUGUUGCCAAUAUUUGAAUUUGUUUCUUUGGGUAGGUAACCCAAACACAUCUGAAAUUUUGGAAUUGCAGUUAACUCAUGAUGAAAAUCGUAUCAGUUUCGGGCGGCGCCUGUGGCUCAGUGAGUAGGGUGCCGGCCCCAUAUGCCGAAGGUGGGUUCAAACCCAGCCCCAGCCAAACUGCAACAAAAACAUAGCCGGGCGUUGUGGCGGGCACCUGUAGUCCCAGCUGCUCAGGAGGCUGAGGCAAGAGAAUCGCGUAAGCCCAAGAGUUAGAGGUUGCUGUGAGCCAUGUGAUGCCACGGCACUCUACUGAGGGCGGUACAGUGAGACUCUGUCUAAAAAAAAAAGAAAA